GUCAUUUCGCCGCGCAACUUACCUCGUUCAGCUCAUCUUAACCUCCCUCCUUGGACAUUCCCUAUGGACAAUCAACUGGACGUGGAAUUCUGUAAAUAUUAUGACCGGAGCGAACGCUUCAAGCUGAGGGACUUUUGAUUCCGUCAACCUCAAACCGCGAUCAGUACCGCCUUGAAGUUUCAACAUACAUAUAUAUGUAUCGUCAACCCGGUUAUGAAUUUGAAUUCAACACCCCAGUGCCUGUGUCUUACCCAUGCUGAGCGCUGUUAUCCUUUCAUUCCUACUCUAACCCGGUUUCUGCGAAACCAUGGCCAACCUCUAUAAUUUCUCGAUACCGGAUUCUUCGCCAACCUUUUCCUAUUCGCCGAAUCGUGAAGGGGAAGAUGUCAAGUCAGGAUGGAAGAGCUUUUACUCUAAUAGCCCUGACAGUACCUACGAUUCGACCCACCAAAGCCCAAAUAACCCUUCGGGUACCUCCUCUCAUAGCACUUCCAUGCAGGGAGCCAGCUUUGAAAUCAGUUUUAUGGGAACAGCGGUAUAUAUCUAUGGAUCAGCAACUCCGGGGGCUUACACUACUCGUCUGGACGAGAAAGAAGCUGGAGGGCAGCCUAGCAACGGCUUACUUGCUAGUUAUUCAGGUUUAGCUUACAAACAGCACACCUUCUCGCUCAAUGUCACCCAAGCCCAGAACUUGACUAUAAUGUCAGGCACUUUUACGGUUGGAGUUGGUGAUAAAGGUGCCUCAAUCAAGGAAACGACUGUUCCUGCGGUCACCGCCAAUUCCGAUGGGUCGUCUUUUCUAAACUCUGCCGCUUUCCAAACUAGUGGAGGGGGGACCUUCAACACAAACCACGAUGCACAGGGUUAUCCGCGAGUUGACACCAAUAACGCAGGCUCAAGCAUCAUAUUUCAUUUCAGCAGCGCGUCAGCUCUCCGAGUCGUCGGCUCUCUGAAUUAUGACCACGGAGCGUAUUCCGCUACUCUCAGUCCACCAGGCGGAGUUUCCACAACAACUCGGACAUUCAACGCAGUGUCCAAGUGGUUUGCCUACGAUAACAUAAUUUAUUGGGAAUCUGGCCUCGACCGAACACAAUCAUAUACGUUGACCCUCACCAAUUUAGAUGAAGGAAAGUAUCUAGAUGUACACGAGGUUGUACUUAUGGAUGGGCAGGGCAAUGGCUCAGGUGGUGGGACUGAAUCCGGCGGACUUGGCACUGGGCCCAUCGUUGGGAUAGCGGCGGGAGUGGUUGCUCUCCUCGUCAUCAUCGGCGCAUUACUCUUAUUUUUCUGGAGACGUCGAAGGCACAGAGAUCGUCUGGGCGGGCCAACCCCGGCGAUCUACAGCGGAGCGCAUAGUAUGAUGCCCUACCCAACUCAAACUCAACCUCUUUUAGACUCACAUGUGGAGCCCUUUGAACUUCCCCUCAACUUCGCCCCGUAUGCCGAUAGUAGCAUCACAUCUACAAAACAAUCAAAAGCCGCUUCCUUGUCUAAUACAAGAUAUACGCCGCCGACGCACUCCGCGAUGUCAUCGUCGACACAACAAUUAGGAAAUAACUCAAAUUCAUGGUCGGUAGCGGGAGCUUUAACUCAAUCAGGCAAUACAUCUCAGACGACAGGCUCCCAAGAGAAAGGUACACCUCCUUCCUCGUCAACGAGAAUAGUACGGCAGGAAACAGACGCGGGUCCUAUACCCAUUCGACCGCCUUCUCCUCAGGAGGAAGUGCUACCACCGGGGUAUAACCCUGCGUGGUCAUCAGGACAAUCAUGACAUCUUCCGACUCGAUAUUUAUCAAC